AUCAAAAUAUAUUGUCAUUUACGUGGAAGAAGUUUAAAUCAUUGGAUACAAAUAGUUUUACCCCAAUUACAAGUAUAUGCCUGUAUGGUAUAAACACUAACACAAUUUUGACUAAUUGAAGUUGGUUUCUACAUAAAAGAAGCAGUGCUCUUCAGUUAACCAGAAGAAACAUGAUGGCCCUUUUAAAUUAUUGUUUCAUCUUAAUCCUGAUUGAAGUAUCAAUCGCACACUAUGCAGAAGUACGAGCUGCUUGGAAAAUACCGAGUCAUGAAGCACACGCCUUCUUGACAGCUCCUACUAGAAACAAAAGAAGUGACCCGGCAUGUAAUACACAAGAGGGUUAUUGUGAAGCAAACAAAUACAGUUGUAUGAUGCACAACGAACAGUCUCGAGAGCAUUAUUGUGGCCUGGGUCAUACAUGUACUGCAACACAAGCUUGUUACCUAUCUACACCUUGUCCAGCACAUUAUGUACUAGGCUGUACAGACGAUCCGUGUCUUACCUUCCCAUGCGAAAAUGGAGGAACAUGUCAAGAAACAAGUUCUUCCACUUAUGAAUGUCAAUGUGAUCCAGGCUGGGAUCCAGCCACUGACUGUGCUGACGAAAUAGAUGAAUGUGCAUCUAACCCAUGUCAAAAUGGCGGUACCUGUACGGACAUGCUCAAUGACUACGGUUGUUCCUGUUCUCCAGGAUAUUCAGACAAGAAUUACCAAACAGAUAUAGAUGAGUGUGCAUCUAAUCCUUGUCAAAACGGAGGAACUUGUACAGAUCACGUGAACGAAUAUAGCUGUUCCUGUGUCCCAGGUUAUACUGGCACAAAUUGUCAAACAGACUAUGACGAAUGUGGCUCCAAUCCUUGUCAAAAUGGUGGAACAUGUACUGACCACUUGAAUGGAUACAGUUGUUCAUGUGUUCAAGGCUUUAAUGGAGAUGACUGUCAAACAGAUAUUGACGAAUGUGCUUCCAACCCUUGUCAACACAGUGGCACGUGUACAGACCAGGUAGAUGGAUACAUUUGUUCUUGUGAUUCAGGAUAUGAUGGAGUACAUUGUCAAUCAGACAUAAACGAAUGUGCAUCGAAUCCUUGUCAGAAUAGCGGAACUUGUACAGAUCAUGUAAACAAAUACAGCUGUUCUUGUAAUCCAGGGUACUCUGACGUAAAUUGUCAAACAGAUCUAAAUGAAUGUGACUCAAAUCCGUGUCAGAAUGCUGGGACAUGUACAGACCAAGUCAAUGCAUACAUGUGUACAUGUGAUCUUGGAUAUACUGGAGUUAAUUGUCAAACAGAUAUAAACGAAUGUUCAUCAAACCCUUGUGAAAAUGGCGGAAGUUGUACAGAUAACGUGAACGGAUACACUUGCACAUGUUUACCAGGGUAUAUUGGAACUAGCUGCCAGACAGAUAAUAAUGAGUGCACAUCUAAUCCUUGCCAAAAUAGCGGAACUUGUACAGAUCACGUCAACGAAUAUAGCUGUUCCUGUGUUCCAGGGUAUACUGGCACAAAUUGUCAAACAGAUAUAAAUGAGUGUGUUUUUGAUCCUUGUCAGAAUGGUGGGACGUGUACAGACCAAGUCAAUGCAUACAUAUGUACAUGUGAUUUAGGAUAUACUGGGGUACAUUGUGAAACAGAUAUUAAUGAAUGUGCAUCAAACCCUUGUGCCAAUGGCGGAAGUUGUACAGAUAACGUAAACAGAUACACCUGUGCAUGUUUACCAGGGUAUAUUGGAACUAACUGCCAGACAGAUAUGAAUGAGUGCUCAUCUAUUCCAUGCCAAAAUAGCGGAACAUGUACAGAUCACUUAAACGGUUACAGCUGUUCUUGUGUCCCAGGCUAUACUGGCUCAAAUUGUCAGACAGAUUAUAACGAAUGUGACUCAAACCCUUGUCAGAAUAGUGGAACGUGUACUGACCAUUUGAACAGAUACAGUUGUUCAUGUAUGGCUGGCUAUGAUGGAGUCAACUGUCAAACAGAUAUAAAUGAAUGUGCAUCAAAUCCAUGUCAAAAUGGCGGAAGUUGUUUUGACCACGUGAACGGAUACAGCUGUGUUUGUGUUCCUGGAUAUCUUGGUUUGAUGUGUCAAACAGAUAUAAAUGAAUGUUCCUCAAACCCAUGUCAAAAUGGCGGGACGUGUACAGACCAAGUUAACGCUUUCAUGUGUGCAUGUAUGCUUGGAUAUGCUGGAGUUAUAUGUCAAACAGAUAUUGAUGAAUGUGCUUCGAACCCUUGUGAAAAUGGCGGAAGUUGUACAGAUUACAUCAACAAAUACACUUGCUCAUGUGAACCUGGGUAUCUUGGAUCUAACUGCCAGACAGACUAUGACGAAUGCCUGUCAAAUCCAUGCAUGAAUACGGGAUCAUGCAAAAACUUAAUCAACAGCUACAGUUGUGACUGUACAGGAAGAUACGAAGGUGAUAUCUGUCAAACAGAUUGUAGACCUGGACCAGCAGAUAUCGUAUUCAUUGUUGACACUUCUUCUAGUUUAGAAACAAAUGUCAACAGAAGUCUUGAUUUCAUUACUGAAUUUAUUAAAAGAAUACCAAUUGGUCCAGAUGACUUUCAAGUGGGUGUUAUCACAUAUAAUUUUGAAACUAAUGUACUUUUCGAUCUUGAUGAUCACAAUACUUCAUUGGGUAUGAUUGCCGAACUACAGCAUAUCAAAGGGGAAGAUGCUGCCACACAUACCUUGUCAGCAUUGCAAAAAGCAAAAGAGAUGAUAACUAACAGUUCUAUGGGAGCACGUAGAACUUCUAGCUACAUGAUAUUACUCUACGAUGGUUUAUCUACUGAUAGGAAUAAUGCUAUAAAUGAGGCUAAGUUGAUAAACUCCAUAGGUGGACGUAUCAUCACUGCUGCUGUUGGACAAUCUAUAUCAUACUCAGAGUUGUUAUCGAUUUCACAGAAACAAUACUACACCUUUAGCACAUCUUUUUUAGAUGAUAUGCUGAAUUAUAUUUUAAAGGAAACUGUUCCAGAUAAUUGCACAGACUGUUUUUUGGUAACAAGAUCAGAGGUCAUUCUCCUGCUAGAUACAAGCAAGAACCAAACAAAAGAAGAGUAUAACCUGCGACUAACAGCAAUAUGGCAAACAAUAGAACAAAUAUCAACUUACAAUCCAAAUGCAGAUAUUGGCAUGUUUUCAUAUUCCGACGAAGUCGAACAAGUUUUUAAUUUAUCGUGGUCUUCUGAUAUAGAUGAAUUGAUUGCCGCUGCAUUGCAGGUAAAGGUUGAUAAAUUGAAUACAAUUUCAAACCUGAGCCAUGCAUUAAAUCAUAUACGGGAAGGUGACUUAUUUAAAACAUCACGAAAAAUUAUUGUGUUAUUCUCUAACGCAAAUUGGAAUAAUUUAGAUGAUAUAGGCAUGGAAGUUAAAUUGUUAAAACAACAAGGAAUCCAUACCUUUGGUGUAGUAGCAGGCGAGGAUUGUAACGUUGAAAACCUUGCUGGUGUUUUGAACGACCCUAGUUAUAUUUUUGAUGUUGAAGAUGACGGCUACACGUCAUUACAGUCACUUGCAGCAAUAACAAAAUAUCAUAAUUGUACUGAUAACAUUUUUAUUCACCGCCAGUAAACCGUCACGUGUGUAUACGCAAAAUACAUUGAAAUGCUGUAUCAAUUUCAGAAACAUGCUGAUUAUGCUGAUUUUAGCUAUUAUUUUAAUUCUUGAACUGUUCAUAUAAUACAUCUAAAAUAAGCCCUUAUUGUCAGUAUGUAUGGGGUAAACUUUUUACUUUUUUUUUUAUUUCCC